CACAUGGCUGACUCAGGACCGGCCGAUAGUCGUGGUGGACGUAGUGGUUUCGGACGUCGCGGUGAUAGAGGCCGACGGGGUCGCGGAGCUCGCCGUGGUUCCCGCAAGGACGAAGAUAAAGAAUGGGUUCCCGUUACAAAGCUCGGUCGUUUGGUCAAAGAGAACAAGAUCAAAACAAUUGAACAAAUAUAUUUAUUCUCGCUCCCAAUCAAGGAAUAUCAAAUUGUAGACCAACUCGCUAGAGAGCCACUUAAAGAUGAAGUCAUGAAGAUUAUGCCUGUUCAGAAGCAGACCCGUGCUGGUCAGCGGACUCGAUUCAAGGCCUUUGUCGUAAUUGGUGAUUCUAAUGGACACGUUGGUCUUGGAGUCAAGUGCUCUAAAGAGGUCGCUACUGCUAUUCGUGGAGCCAUCAUUCUUGCCAAACUUUCCGUCAUUCCCGUACGCCGUGGAUAUUGGGGUUCUUCACUAGGUGAUCCACACACUGUUCCUUCCAAGGUCACCGGCAGAUGUGGUUCCGUUAUAUGCCGUCUUGUCCCCGCUCCUCGUGGUACUGGAAUUGUAGCUGCUCCCACUCCCAAAAAACUUUUGCAACUCGCAGGUAUCACCGACUGUUACACUACAUCACGUGGUUCCACUCGUACUUUGGGUAAUUUUGUUAAGGCCACUUUCGCCGCCAUUGGUAACACGUAUGCCUUCUUGACUCCCGACUUGUGGAAAGAUGUCGAAUUCAAACAGUCUCCAUUUCAAGAAUUCAGCGACAUUUUGGCUAAUCGCUUCGAACAGUUCCGCGACUUGAACCUUUCAUUCUUGAUAAUGACAAACAAUUUGGAAUCAAAGGAGCCUUUUGGGAUUGGUUCUUUUCACUUUGUUCAGAGAAAAAACGAAUAUCACAAAGCCGAAAUACUUGAAAAGAGAUACAAAGAAGAGACCUCGCAAUGGGAAUAUUAUGUACAUUAUACAGAAUUUGACCGCCGUCUUGACGAAUGGGUAUCGCCUGAAAAGAUUGACCAGAAAAUAAUAUUUCCAAACUCCAACAAAUCAGCAUCCUCGGCAAACGGAUCACCCGCGCCAAAAACGAAAUACGGCAAGGCAAAACGUAAAUCCGAAAGUGAGGGAGAAGGCGAAUAUACGCGGCCGGUUCGUAUUUCGAAAAAAAGAAAACUCGCCGGCUGUGCCAAAGAAGAGGAAAACGACGAGGUUUUACUUUCUUCAACACCUAUUGACAAUUUCGGCCAAGACUAUCGGUCUUAUAAACGACCGUCCAAGGUUCAAGCUUUACUCGAAAUGGAGCACGUUCACUACACAAAAGUCAGGAAUAUCGAUGCAGUGAUAUUUGGAAAAUACGAAAUAGCGACCUGGUAUUAUUCACCUUUCCCUGACGAAUACAAGAAUGUCCGGAAGAUAUACGUAUGUCAGCAUUGCAUGAAAUACAUGAAGGUGAAGGAAACAUACGGCCGGCACACGUCUUUGUGCGAAUGGAAGCAUCCACCAGGUGUCAAGAUAUACGAGAUGGGUAGGAACCGAAUUUAUGAGGUGGAUGGAAGAUCACACAAGCUUUACUGUCAAAAUUUUUGCCUACUGGCAAAGCUCUUUCUUGAUCAUAAAACGAUAUAUUACGACGUCGAAUCAUUUCUAUUCUAUAUUUUGACCGAGAUCGAUGACCGCAGUGAAGAACAUGUAGUUGGAUAUUUUUCAAAGGAGAAAAUUUCGUAUGACAAUUAUAAUUUGGCUUGCAUACUU